AUGCUGAAUGGAAAAUAAAUUGGAGAUUACGUGCUUAUGGAAGAAUUAGGCAGGGGCUCCUUUGGCUGUGUUUACAAAUGCUAGAACAUUAUCGAUUAAUCAUUUCAUGCAAUAAAGAUUAUCCAAUUUCAAUCUUUGAGCAAUUGCGAAGGAGUUGUUGGUGAAUUAUUAAAGGACGAGAUAAGUGUACUGACUAAAAUAGAUUCGCCUAAUGUUUUGAAAUUGGAACACUACUUUUAAUCAAAAAGUAAUUGCUAUAUUGUAAUGGAAUAUUGUAAUGGAGGGGAUUUAGAAAGGUACUGGACCAGGGAAGGUAAAAGAAUAAAGGAACAGAAAGCACUAGAAAUCGUUAUCCAGAUUCUGAAUGGAUUGAGUGAAUUACAUAAAUAGAAUGUGAUACAUAGAGACAUAAAAUUGGCCAAUAUUUUGAUGCAUAAUGAUCAAAUUAAAAUUGCCGAUCUUGGAUUCUGUAAGCAAUUGCAAAACUAGGAAAUGGAGGUUAGCUUAUGUUUGGGUACACCAGGCACGAUGGCACCGGAAGUAGCCUCAUUCGAGAGUUAUGGCUUACAAUCAGACAUCUUUUCGAUAGGGUGCAUCUUCUAUCAACUUUUAUAUGGUGAAUUGCCCUUUGACUAUUCGAUAUUGUAAUAUCAUAACCAUUCUAUGUUAGAGUAAAUCGACUUCAAUAAGAAUAACGUCGUGAUCCAGGAUGAAUUAAAGGAGAUUAUUAGCAAGAUGUUGAAAGAUGAACCCAAAAAGAGAUUAACCUUCCCCCAAUUAUAUCAAUAUCCUCUUUUCAGGAACACACAAAAAAUGUCUUAAGUAAGUAAAAUUGCAAUUCAAAAUAUGACGAAUCCAGAAACUACUAACUACUAUGAAGAAAUUUAUAAAAAUCAACAGGAUAUUCAGAUAGGAUAGUAAGGCAUGACCGCCUUGAAAUAGAAUGGAGACAUCUUUAAAACUUAAACUGAGAAGCAAAACUAGUAAUCUCAGUUUAUGAGUAAUCUAUAGAAUGCGAAUAAUAGCAAUCGCAAUCUUUUUGUAUAGGAUCAAGUAUCAAAGCUGACAUAUGAAAUUAUGGCAGCCCAAUAAUUGCGUCCAAAUCAAUAAUAAAUUAAUAAUGCUUUAUAGGAACUCUAAGAUAAUGAGUAGAUAUUCAAAACUGACAGAUUCAAGCAUAAUUAUAGCAUGACUGCUAAUAGUUAAUAGAAUCAGAAGUUAUGUCAGCAAUUUCGUUUCCUUUUGGAUGCCUUAUAAUAUUGCGAUAGAACAUACAUUGAAAUCGAUCAAAUCUAAUUCUUAGAUGAAAGCUAGACUUUGAUAGGCAAAUUCAUGAUCCAAAAGAGAAUAAGAUCUGAAAGCAAGAAGUUUUUCUAGGUUUAACAAGAGAACCCAUUCUAUGAUGAAUUGAAUUAAAUGGGAGAAGCCUUCAAACCUUAUGUCUAAAAUCAACUGUUUGAAAAAUUGCAUCAGCAGAUCAUAAGUUCUUCUUCCCUUCUUAGUAGAUUAACACAGCCCUUCAUAAAUGAGUUGAAGGAUGAAGAAACAGGAAUAUUCCACUUGCACUAUUGGGAAGCAUUAAAUGAAUUGCAUCAAUUAAUCAAAAAAGAAAUCAAUAGGGAAGCGGACAACAAAAGAAAGAAGAUUUUAGUGAUCGCGUUGCUUCAUUUAUAAGGAUGCAUGCAUUUCCAAGAUCUGUGUACUUUGAAAAUAGAUUUUGAGGAAGAGUUUUUACACAUAAAAAAGAAAAAUUUGAUUGAGUUGAUCAAGAAAGUUUAAUAUUGA